AUGGCCGGUCCCAACCUCCAUCUCAAUAGCACGUUGGGCUGCUUCUUUGUCGGUACUCUAUUUUCACUGAUGAGAUGUAAGCCUCUACGGGUACACUUGUGCGCAGACGCUUUAUUACUUCAAGAGAUUUCCUGGCGACAACGUCUUUACAAGGGUGUUAUAUCAUCAACGCUAAGGUGGUUUUAUGUACUCUCCCAUGAAGUAGAAGCUGAGCCUGUCGCUAGCUUCUGUGGUAUUAUCUCGUUCAACGUCACGGCCACAUUCGUGGGGAUAUGCAGCUUGUUGGGUUGUUUCUUUAUCAACACAAUCUGGCGACGCUUUGACCGAGGCACUCUGUUAGAUCUUGCUAUCUGUAGUGUCGUUGGGUUUGCAUAUAGUUCCUCGGUUCAGUAUAUCGCAGAAUCGGCGGCUGACAUGAAGAUUUCGGCGUUUGUAUACGUUCCGUCCGUACUUGCUUCAGAUGCAUUCAUUACAGCAACCCUGUGCUGGAUCUUGCACGGGAAACGGACAGGAUUUAGACAAACGGAGAUGCUGCUCACAAAGCUCAUCGUUUAUUCAGCAAAUCGUGGCCUCACGAACCUUCAGAAGCAAGGCGACAGACCGCCUGCCUUCCUCGCGAACGAUACUCACUCCAGAAACACCGAUCAGGCGGAGGGUAGUGAUCAGAUCUAUGGUGAAAAUAUCGAAAUAGGAGAUGUCGUCUGA